AUGGCUUUAAUGCGUUGUAUGAACACCGCUACGUUUGAGCUCCAUACCAGUACGCAAAUUGACUUCAAAGAACGAGGCUACGCCAUCCUAUCCCACCGAUGGGGAUCAGAAGAGAUUCUCUUUUCCCAAAUCGGGAAUUUUGCUCAGGAAAUGAGGGACACCAAAGAUCGACAUGGCUUGCCACAACUCGAUAAGAUCCUAGGCGCUUGCAUCACAGCUCGGAAGCAGGGUCUCCAGUGGAUGUGGAUUGACAACUGCUGUAUCAAUAAGUCCGAUAGUAGUGAGCUAUCUGAGUCCAUCAAUUCCAUGUUCAAAUGGUAUCGUGACGCUGUGGUAUGUUUGACAUAUCUCUCCGACGUGCGUAAGAACUCAGGCACUACGGUUGGCUCGCAAGUCUUCCGAAGUUUUGAGACUGGUGAGAUGUCUUUGUGGUUCACGCGUGGAUGGACAUUGCAAGAGCUUCUCGCACCUGGCAAGUUACUCUUCUACGAUACAGACUGGAACUAUCUCGGGUCCAAGCGGGAGUUAGCGGAAUCAAUCGAGGACGUCACUGGUAUUGCCGCACAUUAUCUUACCAGCGAAAAAGAUUUCCGGACUGCCUGCAUUGCCGCCAAGAUGAGCUGGGCGGCACAUCGCGAAACGACACGCGAGGAGGAUAUGGCUUACAGCCUGUUUGGUAUUUUCAACCUUCACUUGCCCGUUCAGUAUGGGGAAGGGAAAGGGGCCUUCUUGAGGCUUCAGGAUGCUCUGAUAGCCAAGAAUGAUGAAUCGCUCUUCGCCUGGAAGAUGCCCCUUGAAGGUCCAGGGGUUACGUACCAGAUUAUACCCGAUACUAUGGUAGACCUAGGCCCAGAUGAAUGGGGCCUUCUAGCUCCUUCGCCGAGAUGGUACGAGCAUUGUGGAAAGAUGACGAUACAGAACAAGAAGACGGUAAUGAGGCAGCGAGGCGGGUUCACCAGAACGCCGCAGGGAAUCAGCGGUCCAAUAUCCAAGCGGAAUCAUUAUGUCACUGCAGUACUAACCGGGUUAACUGUCGUGGGAGCAAUCCCUUUCCAGAUAUGGCUGGCUGUAAGACAGAGGACGACACUUAAAUACACACUCAACUGUUGGGAGCCAAAUGAGGCUGGCGCAAUGAGGGCUGUGCGACUACAUUUGCGACCCGUCAGGAGGGAUCCCCCGAUGUGGAUCAGAACCGCUAGUCAAAGCUAUGAUUUGGUUAAAGAAGCAGCCUCUACUGAUUAUUCAGCGGUCGGGACGGUCUGGCAGCCUCAACUCUUUUGA